AUGACUACUGUGAUUGCUAUUGAAAUUAACACAGAUGUUUUGGCUGGUUCUCUAGUUUCUGUAGUCUGCGUUCUUGGAACUAUCCUUAUGGUUCUCGUAAUUAUUGCUAGUUUGCGUAUCCCAUCAAUGAAGUCCCCUUUCGGGACGUUGACUAUAAACCAAAAUAUUGCGGAAUUAGUUCCUUGUCUCGCAUGUUUAUUUGUUUUCUUUUUUGGAUAUACAUUAAACUUGAAUAUUGUGAUUGACUACAGUUAUAUUUUCGGUGGAAUCUGUAUUAUCAUGCUCCAUAUUGUUCUGAUAAGCUUUCUUAUGAUAUCAUUCAACAGACUUUGCGCAGUCGCAUUUCCCAUAGCAUAUCAAACUGUUUUUGGUAAAAAAUGGUUGAUGAUUUUGAUAUCUAUCAAUUGGAUUGUUCCACUUGUUGCAAGCACAUAUUUAUUGACGUUCAAACAAUGUACCUUUGCUAUCUACCAUUACGGAUGGACAUUUAGUGAAGUGAAGAAUGAAGUUUGUGGGGCCUACCUCACCAUGUUCAGAGGUCUUCAAAUGGUUCCUAUUAUUCUGACAGUUGUCACAGAUAUCUUAACAUUGCUUCUCCUACUUAUUUUGAGAAAUCGAAUCUUCAAGCUCAAAAGCGCUGACACAAAACGUCGAGAGAUGAAUUUUGCAAAACAAGUUUUGGUUCAAGGACUUGUGUUCAUGAUACAUGGAGUUUGGUACGAAAAAGGAAGGAAUAUAAUGCCUGUAAUGUCCGAACAUUGGAAGAUCUUUUUUACAACUUCAUUUUCAGCAAACUUGCUUCAUGUAUUUGAUCCAAUGAUAGUUUUCCUGUGCAAUAUGGACUUCAAAACUUGGCUGGCGGCAUUGGGAAAGAAAAAACAAUUGAGGAAAGUCACAACCGUCACGGGAAUCUCAUCAUUGACUUGA